AAAAGUUGGGGUUUGACAGCCUAAUGUUGAUUGACCAAAGAAAAAGUCUACCACGACUGUACUCUGUCAUACUCCAUGAGUUAUGUUCUAGUUGAGCAGCCAGCCUAUGCCAUUUAUUAUACUAUACUUUCCAAAUAAUAUAAUAUAUAAUAAAUUUUUAACAGGAGAAUAGAAAGGUGUGUUAGGUAGACGAGGGGAGGGUGAAAAUUUGAGCGAGUGAUAGAGAUUAAUAGAGAAUACCGAUGGCUACUGCUUCACAAAUUGUGGCGAAAUUGAAUCUCAAUCCACAUCCAGAGGGUGGAUUCUACUUCGAAACUUUAAGAGACAACUCUGUUAUGCUCUCAAAGUCUCAACUCCCACCCCAAUAUAAGGUAGAGCGGGCUGUGAAUUCAUGCAUUUACUUCUUAUUGCCAUCUGGGAAUGUGUCAAACCUUCAUCGAAUCCCAUGUGCAGAAACUUGGCAUUUCUACUUGGGAGAGCCUAUUACGAUAGUGGAGAUGAAUGAGGAAGAUGGAGAGGUCAAAUUAACUUGCCUUGGACCAGAUUUGAUUGGAGAUAAUCAGCAACCUCAGUAUACAGUGCCUCCUAAUGUGUGGUUUGGUGCAUUUCCAACUAAAGACUUUAAUAUUGGUACAGAUGGAACUCUGCUCAAAGCUGCUACAAGAGAUGGGGAGAGCCACUACUCUCUCGUGGGCUGCACCUGCGCACCUGCCUUCCAGUUUGAUGAUUUUGAGCUCGCCAAACGUUCCAAGCUUGUGGCGUGCUUUCCCAAGAGUGAGCCUCUCAUUUCUUUGCUUACCUUUCCUGAAUGAGCUGAAGUUUUUCUUCAUUGAAGAAUGCACCAGCACCUCUCUUUGUUGGGUUGCAUUGGGUGAUGCUACGCUAUGCUUCCUUGGUGGUAUGUCCCAAGAGGAAUAAAACCUAUCUGAACUAUUGUACCAAUAUAAAAUAUACAAUAUACAUAUUGCUCAAUUGUUGUGGCAAGUGAAUUAUUGAUUGAAAAGUUAAGAAAGUUGUAUUAAAGUUUGAUGCGUUGUACUGAUUCAUCACUUGUCUUAAGAGAAAACGAAGAGGAUUUCUUGCCAACAA